UAAACAUUGAUCCAUCUGUUAUGCACAUAAUGCAAACAGGUCAACUGUAUAGCUUUUAAUGUACUUGAUUACAGAAUACAUCCAAUGCACAUACAAUAUGUUACGAAAUACCCACAUGGACCAGGAAGAGUGAAAGAAAACACGUAGAAGGGUCAUGUGACCAAAAGCACACACUAACAUUUUCCAUACAGCUGCCAUUUGCAAUUUCAAGCUAUACUCAGAUCCUCAAAAUCCCGUCAUGGAACCAUUAUAUACUCGGGCCCAGAAAUUGAAAGUUUGCAAUGUUUGCAAAACUGAAAUGGCACAGGUUUACUGUAAUACAUGUCAUGUCAAACUGUGUUAUGGCUGUUUUGGUAAACACAUGGAUUCUGAUGAAUUAAAAAAAAAACAUGAAAUUGAAAGAAUUGAUCGAAAAUCAAAACCCUUUUACACGUAUCCUAGCUGUACCUCUCAUAACAAAGAACGAUGUGAAAUAUACUGUCAAGAAUGUGACAAGCCCAUCUGCAUAACUUGCAUUACAUCAAAUCAACAUUCAGGUCAUGAAUUUAUGAAAAUUUUGAAAGUUCUUAAUGAAAAAAAAGAAAAGAUAAUCAAAGAACUAAAUGAACUGAAGGAUCCAAUACUUCCAAAAUACCAAAACAUUGCAUCUGAUUUAGAAGACAUGAUAAAGGAAUUAGAAAAGGGAUAUUAUGAAGAUCUCUCAGAUUCCAUAACAAAACAUGGAGAAGAAUGGUGCAAUGAAAUUAAAAAAGUUGUCACAAAACUUAAAGCUGAAGUGGAUGAAAUGAAAAACAAACAUUUUGAAAUUCUUAAGAGUCAGCUGAAUGAAAUUAAUGAGAAAAUUUCUGAAAUAAGAGAAAGAAUUAACACAAUUAAUCCUGUAAAUAUAAACUCCCAGGACAUUUUAGAACUGUUUGGCAUUCCAUUUAAUAUGGAUAAAUGCAGACAACCUCCACAAAACCUUGCACUGUCAUUUCCUACAUUCAUUCCAAUGACAAUCCAAGGGGAAAAACUUAGUAGCCUGUUUGGAACCAUAUCACCAAGUAAACUAACUUCAGAAAGAUAUAGUUACAGUUCUCAUUCAGUUAAACAACUGCUAGAUGAACCUGAAAUCACAGCUACUAUAUACACCAAUUAUCAACUCAGUCUGUAUAAUGUGGCCUGUCUGAGUGAUGAUAAAAUCUGGACAAGUGGAAAGGAGAACACCAUGAGACUCUAUAGUGUCAUUUUGGAAACAUGUUUAAGUACCAUCCCAACCAAGUCAGGAAACAUCCCCACUGAUAUAGCAGUAACAGAACAAGGCAAUCUUGUUUAUACUGAUCCUAGAGACAGAACUGUGAACAUUGUGAAGAAUGAAGAAAUUGAGACUUUGAUCAUAUUAAAGGAAUGGGAACCCCAUUAUAUCUGCUAUACCUCUUCAGGUGACCUCUUGGUUGUCAUGGUCAAUGAUGAUUCCAAAGAGUCAAGGGUUGUCCGUUACUCUGGCUCCACAGAGAGACAAAUCAUUCAUUUUGAUGAUAAAGGUUGUUCUCUCUAUUCAUCCUAUUCAUCUGGAACAACUACUAAAUAUAUCACUGAUAACAGGAAUCAGGAUAUCUGUGUGGCCGAUGAAGGAGCUAAAGCAGUAGUGGUGGUCAAUCAGGCUGGGAAACUGAGAUUCAGGUACACUGGACAUUUUGCUGCCCAAAUGAACAAUCACUUGCAGCCAAAAGGGAUCACCACAGACAUUCAGGGUCACAUCCUUACCGCAGAUAAGUGCAAUCACUGUGUUCACAUCCUAGACCAGGAUGGACAGUUCCUCCGUCACAUAAACUGUGGACUGAGUUAUCCCUGGGGAUUGUGUGUAGACACAAGCGAUGAUUUGUUCGUUAUUGAAAGUGAUUUUAAACUACUAGUAAAAAAAGUCGAGUAUAUGCGGUAAAGUUGAUUACAUGCAGAGCUUCAUUGGAGGACUGAAUUUUAUAUUUCAAGUAUAAAAGAAUGAACUGAUGGGAAUUUGCUACUAGGUUAUGGACUUGAUACAUUGAUAUUCAUAUGUUCAUCCUAUGAAAUACAAUUUUGAAACUACCUUUGGCAAAUUUUUGCCAAAAAAUAAACCA